AUGAAUUCCACAAGCCCCGAUAAUAAUAAUAAGGAGAUUGCGCCCAACACCAAUGUACAGCUAGCUAGUGUCUAUACUAAGGCAAAGUCUUAUAUUCCUCAGAUUGAACAGGUUUACCAAGGUACAAAUUCAAAUAUUCAGGAGGCGAAAUUAUUAGGGGAAUUAUUACAAGUUUUAGCAGAAGUUCCCAAAGGUACUCAUUUAUUCUGUGAUCCCAUUCUUGAACCAAUAUCGAUUUUUUCCCUAACUAUUUUCUCUUUCAACGAAGAAGCCACCGCCACAUGGCUGAAAAAUCAUUUUAAUCCGAUCCUCUCCGUUUGUGAUAAAUGUAUACUACAUUUUGCUAGAGGGAAGUGCAAAAUGCUUCAGCAUUUUGCCAUACAAAGACAUGUCCCGCAUGAACACGUUGCCAAAUUUAAUGAUAUUGUUUGCCAAUGGAGGGUGGAGGCAAUUUUCCCAAUUCUAAGAAAUAUUUCUGUUAAUGAUAAUACAGGUAUCAAUAUUACAGAGGAAAUUGAGACCGCGAUGUAUGAGUGUCUUUGUAAUCCACAUAUGCUAAGGCUAAACAAACAUCUUAAAGCUACCUUUGAGGCAAUUUUUAAAUUUUUUUUCGAUACAAAGCACCGUUUGUUGGAUGUUACAAAUCCUUCAAGCAUAAAAACUUUUAUAUCUGGUGUUAUAUUUUGUUGGUGUGAAGGCUCAAAGGAGGAAAAUGAGUGGUCACAAGCUUUUCUAAUGAAUCUGUAUUCAAAAAACUUCCAUAUAGACCUUUCUAGCUUAACUCCGGAUAUUAUUGAGGAAGUUUAUAUUCACAUUCUAUUCCUACAGAAUCCAGCAAACUGGACGGAGGUUGUCGUGUCUCAAUUUUGGUCAAGAUUACUACCAGUAUUCAAUUUGUUUGACAAAGACGUCUUUAUAGACUACUUUCAAGUCCCAAAAAAUAUAGAAUCAUUGAAAAAAACGUUCAAGUUUCCAUUAGAGUCAAUUUUUAAGAUGUGGUACAAUCAUCUGAGCAAAUCAUAUCAUGAUAAACCCAUGGACUUUCUAUUGAGGGCGCUAACACUGUUCUUGAAUAAAUUUGGAUCCGAAUUUUGGUCAAAAAUUGAGCCAUUCACAUUCCACAGCAUUUUAGAUAUAAUUUUCAAUAGAGAUUUAUUUCCUACCAAAUUAAUUGAAAUCCAAGAUAACUCAAUAGUCGAUCACCAAACAGAAGUUUAUUUUCAACUUACUGGUUCUGUAACUGAUUUACUUUCCUGGACCUUGCCAUUUUAUCAUGCACUUACACCAUCCAAAAGGAUACAAAUGGUUAGAAAGGUUUCAAUGUCAUUUUUACGAGUAAUAGCAAACUAUCCGUCUCUAAAAUCUAUUCCUAAGGCCUGUUUAAUGAAUUCAGCAGCUGCUUUGCUGAGAGCAGUACUCACAAUUAAGGAAAAUGAAAGAGCAAUGCUUUAUAAAAACGAUGAAUUCGAAACAGUGCUACUAACUAAAACUGAUUCUAGAGCGUUGCUCAACAACCCUUUGAUUCAAGAUAUAAUAAUUAGAUCAGCUUCAAACCCUAAUGAAUUUUAUCCUGGGUUAGGUUCUGCUUCUGCGUCAGUUGCUACUUCCACGAUGAUGGUAUUAGCAGAAUGUAUCGAUUUUGACAUCUUGCUAUUAUGCCAUCGAACGUUCAAGCUUUAUUCAGGUAAACCAAUUAGUGAAAUUCCAAUUUCUACGAAUGUCUUAGAGAACGUUACGAACAAAAUUGACUUGAGAUCCUUUCAUGACGGUCCAUUGUUGGCAAAACAAUUGUUGAUAUCUUUAAAGAAUAUUAAUGGUCUUUUAAUAGUACCGUCAAACACCACCGCAGCUAAAGCACACAAUACGUUGAAUCAAAAGUUUCUUCUGUUAUCAACAAGAUUAAUGGAAAAAUUUGCAGAUAUUUUGCCAGGUCAACUCUCUAAAAUUCUUGCAGAUGAAGAUGCCUCACAGGGAUUUUGGUCAUGCAUAUUCUCCUCCGAUAAACAAUUGUAUCAAGCGGCUACAAAUAUUUUGUACAAUACUUUUGACGUUGAGGGUAGAUUGGAAGGUAUUUUGGCAAUUUUGAAUAAUAAUUUGACUGUAAAUUUAAAGAAUAUAAACGUGAUGCUACAGAGGCUAAUCAACUGCGAGUUCUAUGAACCUUGUCCACGUGCUGUCCGUGUAUUAAUGGACGUGGUGAGUGCAUUCGUAGACCCAAUUUCUGGUAUAUUUGCCAAUUUCCAAACUUUGAAGAAUCAAAACACUGAGGAAGAAUUUCUAAAGUUUUGGGAAUUAUGCUGGUUAUUUCUGGACACAAUCUACAAAUUCACUCUCAAGUGGGCUUCCAAAUAUGAUUAUUCUGAAUUAGAAAAUUUUACCAAAGAUACUUUAGACUUGAGUCGCUCUUUGGUGGAUUCUUUCAGAGAAUUUUCAAGUAUUCUUCACGACCAAGACAAAAAUUUGCUACUGAAUGUUUUGGACACCUUUAAGAAUAUGCUGUACUGGCUAAGGUUAAGUGAUGAAGUACUUUUGGAAUCCUGUGUUAGGUUGAUCAUAAGCACGUCUGAUUUAGCUUAUGAAAAACAUGUAAAAGUUGAGGAUUCAUUAGUAGAAAUGAUGGCUAAAUAUGCUUCAAAAGCAAGGAAGUUUUCAAAUAAACUGACGGACCAGCAAGCGAGUGAGAUUCUACAAAAGGCGAAAAUGUUUAAUAAAGCGCUUACAGAAGAAGUUGCUACAGAUGCCGAAAACAACAGAAAGGAGAAGGAAUUGUCUAGGCUUGGAAAAGUGAUAGAUUUGACGGAUUCUGCAUCGGGAUCUCCAUCUCUAUCACCUUCUCUGUCUUCGGCUGUGACUCGUUCCUCUACGGAAUCAAGAGCCGACUACCUGCAAAGAAAAGCAUUAUCUUCUUCAAUUACUGGUAGACCUAGAGUAGCACAAUCCAAAAUAACAUCCUUUGGCACGUUCCAACCAUCAACUAAUGCCAAAUUGCAGCGUACGAAACCUGUCAAGCCUUUAUCUAAAAUGGAGUUAGCAAGAAUGCAAUUAUUGAAUAACAGGGUUGUUCAUCCACCUAGCGCACCAGCGUUCCAUACCAAGAGCAGAGGCUUGAAUAACAAGGAUGACGAUAGCAGUAGCGAGGAGAGCGAUAAUGAUUUAGAAAGCGCUCGAGAGCUUUUUGCUAUCUCAAAGACAAAGGGUAAAGGUAUACAAACUGUCGAUAUCAAUGGAAAGGUUGUGAAGAAGCAAACUGCGGCCGAGUUGGCUAAACAAGAAUUAGAGCAUAUGAGAAAGAGGUUGAAUGUUGAUAUGAAUCCUCUAUAUGAGACUAUGUUACAAUGGGAUUAUACUAGAAGUGGUGAAUAUCCUGAUGACGAGCAUAUAAACCAUUAUUCUGACGUAAAAGAUGUCUUCAACUCUCCGGCUGAUUAUCAAAAGAUUAUGAGGCCUCUAUUGCUUCUAGAAUCUUGGCAGGGGUUAUGCUCUUCACGUGAUAGAGAGGAUUAUAAACCUUUCAGUAUUAUUGUGGGAAAUCGAACUGCUGUGUCCGAUUUCUAUGAUGUUUAUGCCUCUGUGACAAGACAAGUUUUACAGGAUUGUGCCAUUUCCGAAUCAGACUUGAUUGUAAUGGCAUAUUUGCCUGAUUUUAGACCAGAUAAAAGGUUGUCCACCGAUGAUUUCAAAAGAUCACAGCAUACAUGUUUGGCAAAGGUGAGAACGUUGAAAAAUACCAAAGGAGGAAAUGUUGAUGUCACACUAAGGAUCCAUAGAAAUCACUCUUUCAGUAAAUUCCUUACACUAAGGUCUGAGAUACAUUGUGUAAAGGUCAUGCAAAUGACAACUAUUGAAAGAGAGUAUUCGACACUGGAAGGUUUAGAAUAUUACGACUUGGUUGGGCAAAUUCUGCAGGCUAAACCAUCACCUCCAGUGAAUGUAGAUGCAAGCGACAUCGAAAAAGUCAAAAAAAAUUAUAAGCUUAAUACAUCGCAAGCCGAGGCUAUCGUUAAUUCAGUAUCUAAGGAAGGCUUUUCUCUAAUUCAGGGUCCUCCCGGUACGGGUAAAACAAAGACUAUAUUGGGCAUUAUUGGUUAUUUUCUAUCUACUAAGAAUGCCUUGCCUUCUAACGUUAUCAGGCCACCAAUAGAAAAUCACCCAUCGAGCACUGACCAACUGCUGAAAAAACAAAAAAUUUUAAUUUGUGCACCUAGUAAUGCGGCUGUAGAUGAAAUCUGUCUCAGAUUGAAAGGUGGGGUGUAUGAUGAGCAGGGCCAUCAGUUCAAGCCUCAAUUGGUGCGUGUAGGUAGGUCAGACGUUGUGAAUGUUGCAAUCAAGGACUUGACUCUCGAAGAACUUGUUGAUAAAAGGAUAGGUGAAAGAAAUUAUGAGAUCAGAACCGAUCCAGACUUAGAACGUAAGUUUAGUAAUGCUGUCUCCAAAAGAAGAGAAUUAAGAGACAAAUUAAACUCUGAGAGCGGUAAUCCUGAAAGCCCGAUGUCCACAGAGGAUAUCAGCAAAUUGCAGCUCAAGAUCAGGGAGUUGAGUAAAAUAAUCAAUGAACUUGGUCGUGAUAGAGAUGAAAUGCGUGAGAAAAACUCCGUAAAUUAUAGGAAUAGAGAUUUGGAUAGAAGAAAUGCACAGGCCCAUAUUUUGGCUGUUAGUGACAUCAUCUGUUCUACAUUAUCUGGUUCAGCCCAUGAUGUACUUGCUACUAUGGGUAUCAAAUUUGACACAGUGAUUAUAGAUGAAGCAUGUCAAUGUACAGAGCUUUCUUCGAUCAUUCCUCUAAGAUAUGGAGGAAAACGCUGCAUUAUGGUUGGUGAUCCGAAUCAACUGCCACCAACUGUCCUUUCAGGUGCUGCAAGCAAUUUUAAGUAUAAUCAAUCACUAUUUGUUAGAAUGGAGAAAAAUAGCUCUCCGUACUUGCUGGAUGUCCAAUAUCGUAUGCAUCCUUCUAUUAGUAAAUUCCCCUCAUCAGAAUUUUACCAGGGACGCUUAAAAGAUGGUCCCGGUAUGGAUGUUUCAAACAAGAGACCUUGGCAUGAGAUUUUGCCGUUAACUCCCUACAAGUUCUUUGACAUUAUUAGUGGCAGACAAGAACAAAACUUCAAGACUAUGUCUUAUACAAAUAUGGAGGAAGUACGUGUCGCCAUUGAGUUAGUCGAUUUCCUGUUUAGAAAAUUUGAUAACAAAAUUGAUUUUACUGGAAAAAUUGGUAUAAUUUCUCCCUAUAGAGAACAAAUGCAAAGAAUGCGGAGAGAGUUUGCCCGUUAUUUUGGUGGCAUGAUCAACAAAUCAAUUGACUUCAAUACAAUCGAUGGUUUCCAAGGCCAAGAAAAAGAAAUCAUUUUAAUAUCGUGUGUCCGUGCCGAUGAUACUAAAUCUAGUGUUGGUUUCUUGAAGGAUUUCCGUCGUAUGAAUGUCGCCCUAACCAGAGCAAAGACAAGCAUUUGGGUUUUAGGGCACCAAAAAUCUUUGACAAAGAGUAAGCUAUGGAGGGAUUUGAUUGAAGACGCAAAAGAUAGAAACUGUCUUGAAUAUGCUUGUUCCGGCUUUCUGGAUCCCAGAAAUAAUAGAGCUCAGAACAUUUUGAAAAAGUACAAUGUAUCUGUCCCACAGGAGCAAGAGGAUGAUUAUGAGUUGCCUAUGGAAUAUAUGACUAGCAAUUCCGCCGAUGAAAAAUCUAGCAUGGACCUAAAGAAGAGAAGAAUUGUCAAUGAAGGCGAUGAGGCAAACAGAAUGAUGAAGAAAAAGAAGAAAGAUAAAGAAAGGAAGAAAGAAAAGAAAGAAGAAAAGAAGAAGGAAAAGAAAAAGCUCAAGGCUGAUGAGAAGAACAAAAAAGAAAGGGGAGAAGAAUCCUCCACCUCAUCAUCUGGUACAAAGAAAAAGUCUUCCAUUUUUGGCGGAGUAACUGUGCCCAAUGCCGUUGUUCCUAAAGCCUUUACUGAUGUUAAUGGCAAAAAGGAGACGACAGCGGCUGUUAAUAAAAAGAAAAAGAAUAGACAUGUUUGUUUUUCUGAUGAUGUCAGUAUCAUUCCCAGGAGUGAGGAGCCUGAAAUUAAAGUCACCAGAAGUUUGUCUUCUGUAUUAAAGGAAAAGAAGUCAAGCAUGAAAGAUACGAAAGCUUUUUCCCCACCUCCAGUCAAUGGCAGUGAUGAUGAAGACGAUGAAGAUGGAUAUACGCCUUCUAUUUCCAGUUCUUCACUAAUGAAAACUGGGAGGAGCAGCAGCAAUAACAGAAUAAUUUCAAAUCAACAAAAUUUUGACGCAAGUAUAUACGAUGAUCCGCAAACUACACAAACUAAAAGACUUCAGCUACCUGCUACGGUUGCACAGCAUGCAAAUUUAAAAACUCAUGCACCCACCAGUACCCCGGGAGUUUUAAGCGCCUCCGAUUAUGGUGAACCUGACCGGAGAGGAGAGAACGUACCAAAUAGGUGUAAUUCUCAACAUGCGAGUAAUGAAAAUCAAAAAAUAGUGGCUCCUGCGGGAUCGGAAGUACCAUCCGGGCCUUCGCUUACACAUUCCCAAAUGACUUCUUCCAGUGGGCCAGAAAAUCCAUAUAGUCAGAACUCCCUUUUGGAACAGCAGCGUUCAACCCCUAAGAUGCCUGGUGGCGGGCCUGCAGGUGCACGAAACAGUUCGAGACGAAAUGCGUCAUCUAGUCCUUUCAUUCCCAGGAAAAGAAAACCUAGACCAUGA